AUGAAACGUCUCACCAAGGGCCCUUUAUCUCGUGUCUUCUCACGCGACAGAGUCGAGCCAGUCUUCAUCUACGCCGCUGGACGAUCUUUGAAGUCAACUGGCAGAAGCAUAAGAGUAGGCGCCUCGCACACGACAGCGCAGAGCCAGUCUUCAUCUGCGCAGCUGGACAAGCCUCCAACUCAACUUGCAGAAGUACAAGAACAGUUGAGAGAAGUCGAGAAGAAGCACCGCGAAGCCAUGCUCCUGGCAACAUAUAUCCCACGCGAAUCUCGGCCACUCGGCCUCCUGGCCGGACAAGCGCAGAAGAGUCGAGAAUCGGUCGGCCUAAACCUGGUGAUGGUACACGCUUGUUUCAUCAGAGGUACACCCCGGCGACUACAACGACCAGUCUAUCAUCGUGCCGUGGUGCCCGCGGAAAGGAGCAUCUCUGCAAACAAAUCACACUCAAGGUCUUGGCUCUUCUUCUGGCGAUAG